AUGGCGGAAGAAUCUCUAGAGCGACUAGAUCAAGAGAUUACGCUUCACUUGCAACAAAUUGAUUCCAAUCUCAGUUACUGUUUUAACACAAUCACCCAAGACAUCAUACCGCAUGUUUCGCAAUAUGGCAACGUGUGCGAUCAGGUCAUGGACAGCUGCAACUGGUUGAAAACCAUGUUUCAAGAGGCUGGAAACUUACAAAUCGAAGCGGUGGGUGGAUCAGAGACCCCUAUUGCACCUCCAGCCGUGACAAAUUCUCAAAAUAAAGAGGAAUCCAGCGAACAAAGCUCGCUUCAAACGUUGUUCCCAGGUCGUCCACGAUUGGGACCCGAUUCUUCGAGUAUUGUGGCCCCUCCAGUGCCCGUGCUAGCUGCUGGAAACGAACGUGUGGGUCCUGAGCCCACCACGACGCUGACUACAACUGGGAAAGUGCUACAAUUGCCAGACUCUAGUGAUGAGGAACGCAACCCGAAGACGGCCAAUGACUACAAUUCGGUUUCUGCUGACCGAGCGGACAACUUGGACCACUCUGCACGCGUAUCAAGUGCGCCAGAUCCGGAUGGCAGCACAGUCCAGCGUCAAAGACGGAAACGUAAAUUAUCAUUGCUGUUACAGCAGCAAUAUGGCUCCAGUUCCAGUAGUGUGGCACCUUCACCGGCUCAAUUGAAGCGACCCAUUUCGUCCAACUUGGACAGUUCACCCAUUCGCAACAAGGACUCAUCGCUACAGAUCGAAAGCACCAAGCAGAACCCUGCACACCCAGACACCGUGAUUUACUUUCCUACUCGAGACGACGACGCCGUCGUUAACAACGACAAAGAUAUGACACCCGGCACGUGA